AUGGGUCUUGCCAUGGGUGCACAAGUAAACAAUGAACUUACAAGUGAUACCACACACCUAGUAUGUGCAUCAGUGAAAUCAUCGAAAUACGAGGCAGCAACACGCUAUCCGAUGUCUGGACAGAUUGUAGUGGUAGAUGUAACUUAUAUAAGGAGCUGUUAUGAAGCAACCGCGAGACUAAAGGAAAUAAACUUUCGCAUUCCGCCGUUGCUUGGGCUCCGGGUUGCACUGAGUGGAUUUGAUAGAGUCGUACGCGAGGACGCCGAAUAUCUCCAGCAGGGGGAUAUACAGACAUGUGACAAGGAUACGCUUUGCGUCAAUGAAUUGGGCCCUCCAGGGAGCACAAGCUUUGAUAACAUUAUAGCCUUUAUGAGGCAAAACGAACUUAGACACAAGCGAAAUGUUAUGGCCCUGUUGAGCCGAGGACAGGGUACAUGUGUCCCUAUCCUAAACACGAACGGGACCUCAACAAUGCCGCUCACGCCUUGCAGGGGACCUCCGAGGCGCCGUUCACGCCUUCGGGCGCAACCCGUCCGAAACCACGCGUCAGACUCCCUCGCGGACCCAAACACCUUACGAUUUUCCGAUUCAAAGUUCCGCAACCCCCAGGCCUUGGCUCCAACCUCCAACCUGCCUCUAACCUUGCACUUCAACAAGUUGCGGAACAAACGCGCUAUGCAAGACCGGCCGGACACGGUUCCGAUUCCGUCCCCGCGGACAGCCAAGGAAAAUGUACGGGAACUGAGGGCGUUGCGGCGACGCGUAGAGGAGCUUCAGUCUAAGCUUCGCGGAUCGCGAAUUACUAAGACCUCACCCACGUUGACGAACGGGGAUGCCUAUGGUACACUCGCACAAACAACUUCGUUGCCCGAGAUCCAACCUCAAAGGCACCAAAGCCUUGAGUCACAGUCUACAGUAUUGAUGGCGUCAAGAGAUCGUGCCCAAAUUGAGUCUACAGAAUCAAAAUACAACAUGAGCAACCUGCCAUCAAUGCGCGUUUCCCAGCGCUCGUCUCUGAGAGUUACCGAAAUAGUUUUUCUACUCCGCAGGGUGACAAUUUCACCAGGUGCACCGACAGGCCUUUUGCGACGAACCAAAUCACGAAAAGGACGGAGAAAGUCACGGAUGCGACCGGCUGCAUCAUUCAGUACGCCCAUGGGAGAGAUAGAGAACACUUUUAUUCAGCGCUUGGGGAUCUCAGUAGCUGAGGUGAUGCAGCGCCUCGUCACAGACGAAGUGUUGCACGCAGUCGAUGCACGACAUAUUCAUCGUCUCCUCGCAAGUAACGACACAACCGCACGAGAUGUAGUGAUGCAACUCGAGCAAGCUGGCGGAUCAUCAAGUCGAAAGGCAGUGACAGAGUUCCGAAGAAAAGUCAUAGAACUCUUCAGGGAGCAGUUGCCGCAGCACAUUCGGCCUGUGGUCUGCGGAAGCCCAGUCAGCGAUGGCGGUAGUCUCCGGAGUUCCUGGGAUGAGACUCCUCAUGGUGAGGCUUAUGACUCGUCGCCAUCCCUCAAGAAGAUCAAGUUACCAGUAAUCUUAGACGCACCACCGCAAAAUCGUCUCUCAUCAAUAUCAUACAAACAGCGCGACAGCAUCACCGACGCAGACCUAUCUGACCACAUCCAUACAGAGCACUCCGAGUACCAACUCGCAGGUAUGCAUAUUGGCGACCGGUGGAAGUCCGGUACAUAUGCCAGAGUCUCAGAGGCCCCAAAUGCCGGCGUGCCUGUCAUUGAAAACGUAUGCCAUCACCUAGCGCAGCGAGUUGCAGAAAUAUUUUCGACGGAAUCAUUGCGGCCUAAAGUAAUUCUCGUGGGAAGAGGCAAGUAUAACCCAAUUCAUAAGAUGCACUUGCGACAUUUCGUCAUCGCGCGUCAAUAUCUUGAAGAGAGGACCCGUUUCAGUGUGCUCGGUGGACUUCUUAUCCCCAAGCAUGCAACCGAAGUCCGACAGCGGUGUAGGACUAGGCCACGGGAAAUUAUUCCACCAAGACACCGACUCGCCAUGGCCCGUGCCGCCGUUGGUGGCUCUCCGUGGCUGACUGUAGAUAGCUGGGAGAUCACACGACGACGCAUCCUGGACUACCUCAGCACUCUCGACCACGUGCGCCAACUAUUUGAGCAGCGCUUCCCAGAGCUCACCUCGCCUGUCCGUUUCGUUCUCCUGGUCGCACCGGACCAACUGCUACGUCUCAACCUUGAGGAGCUCCGAGACGCAGGCCACGAGUGCAUUACAGUGCCCAGGGCCAUCAAAGACUACAUAAAACGGCAUCACAUUGCGGAGAAAAUGUCAGGGAGGGAGAUAUGGACAAAGUGGGACAAAGAGUUCGCAGAUGGUGAGGGCGAAAAGGAUCGCGGCUACCGUCGCAACCCAAAAAAGAUAGUCAAAGAGAGCACAACCUAUAUCAAAACCUAG